AUGCAUAAGCCAUCCAUCGCCGAGGCUGUACACAAUGCCACUUUCCCACGACCGAAAUCAAACGACCCUACGUCUUUUGAGGCCCAUAUUAAACGCAACCUGGUUCCCGAGGUCCGCAUGGAAACCUCGAUGUUCUACGGCUCUUUAGACUGCAUUGAAGCACAAUACCCUGGAUUGGACUACUCGUAUGGACCCCAUCGGAUGAGACUCGGCCGCUUCCCCUGGCAUCGCAAACUGUUUCGCGUGUUCGAUGAUUUAGGCCUCACCAAGGCGGAGAUUGCCUUCCUGUGUCGCUGGGAGGGCACCAAGUCUGCUCGCGAGCGAUAUGAGAAAGAAGAAGGCACCAAGGUUCGCGAUACGACCGCCGAUGGUGUUCGCCCGGCUACACCGUCACCUGGCCCGAUUGCUCGAUUCGCUUCAGAUGAGGUGGCUCAACCAUCUUCAACUAGGGCGUCUACAGUUAAAGAAGAAGCUAUUGUCAAGGUGAACCCAAUAAUUACAGAUCAUCUUGAGGAAGAGAAGAAAGAUGAUGACGAGGAAGAAGAGGACGAGGAGGAAGAGGAAGCACGAAAGGAAAAGGAAGAGGAAGAGGAUGAAGAGGAGGAAGAAUCCAGCGACGAAGAAAUGGAGAGCUAUGGUCUACAACUUAACCAGCGUCUUUUGUAUGCCACAGCUGCUCGUGAACGAGGCGCCAAUGUUCCCAUGGACGAGGACUGGGAACAAUGGCUCAAGGAAGCUGUCGAACGAGGCAACUAUUCAGACAUGCUUGAUGCGAUCCGAACCGGUCAGCCGGUAGGAAAUGCAUCCUUGAACCCUUCUUCUCCCAUACCCGCAAACAACACGGCCUUGCUAAGCCAAUUGGCGAUAUCUGCCCGUCAGUCAGUCAGUAUGGCCGUCGCGCAAUCCAACCGAUCGCUACAACACGCAUCUAGCAGUGCAUCCAGCACUGCACGGUGA